AUGUCCGACGUAUCCUCCUCCGAAUCCACCGUCUUCGCUGGCGCACAUGUCAAGGUGACGCACGAAGCCACAUCGACUGAACUUCCCGGGCAGUACGCGCUGAAUGGUGUUGAUGAGGACUAUCCUCGUUUCCAAGGCCACACUCACAAUGAUGAAAAAGACAUGGGGCGCAUGGGCAAGGUCCAGCAGCUGAAGAGAAAUUACCGCCCGCUUUCCGCUUUGGCGUUCACUGUCAUCUUGCAGGGAACAUGGGAGGUUCUUUUGACAGCAACCACGCAAGGCCUGGCAGAUGGCGGAGUGGCGGGUCUGCUAUGGUCCUACGUAUGGACGUUUUUCGGUACCAGUUUCAUUGUUGCCUCGCUGGCCGAGAUGUCCUCCAUGGCGCCGACCAGUGGUGGACAAUACCACUGGGUUUCCGAGUUUGCUCCAGCAAAGUUUCAGCGGUUUCUGAGUUACUUUACAGGUUGGAUGUCGACCAUGUCAUGGCAGGCUGGCAGUGCCUCUGGACCUUUGCUUGUCGGGACGCUCAUCCAGUCUUGUGCCACCGUCGCAUACCCUGAAUAUGCCCCUACAAACUGGCAAGGCACACUUAUGGUGUUUGCUGUCCUCGGCCUCGUCGGCAUCCUGAACAUCUGGGGGUCCAGCGCAAUGCCUGUCUUCCAGAACAUGAUGUUGGUUGUUCAUGUUUUUGGGUUCUUGUCCCUAAUUAUCAUCUUGUGGGUCUUGGCUCCGCACAAUACUGCAGAGACUGUCUUCACUGGGUUCACCAACCAAGGCGGCUGGAGUACAAUGGGCCUUAGCCUUAUGGUUGGCCAAAUCUCCGCGGUUUAUGCUUGCAUCUGCUUUGAUGCGCCAGCACACAUGUCAGAAGAGGUCAAGGAUGCUGGAGUUACUGUCCCUCGGGCCAUGGUUUGGUCAUACGUCCUCAACGGUGCUCUCGGAUUCGUCUUCCUCAUCACUUACAUGUUCGCGGUUACCAACAUCGAUGAUGCACUGGCCGAUAUAACGGGUUAUCCUCACAUAUGGGUCUUCCGUCAAGCUGUCUCCAGCGCCGGCGUCGUAGGCCUAAACGUCAUUCCGACAGUACUGAUCUUUGCCGGAACGGUUUCUUACAACCUUUCUACGUCUCGCCAAACCUGGUCUUUUGCUCGCGACAAAGGCCUUCCCUUCAGUAGCUGGAUCGCCAAAGUGGACAAGAGAUUGGAGUUGCCCACAAACUCUGUCCUCUUAACCUGUGGUAUCACCCUCGCGCUUUCCUUGAUCAACAUCGGUUCCGAUGUUGCCUUCAACGCAGUGAUCUCCUUGAACGUUGUCUCUCUCAUGAUCACAUAUGUCUGCUCUAUCAGCUGUCUAUUGUGGCGACGCAUCCGACACCCCGAAACUCUUCCGCACUGCAGAUGGAGUCUAGGCGGCUGGGGUAUUCCCAUCAACAUUUUUGGUCUUUUGUACUCGCUACACGUUUUCUUCUGGUGUUUCUGGCCAGAAUCUACGCCUACCACCGUCGAAGAUUUCAACUGGGCAUCAGUCAUGUUCGUAGCCGUUGCUAUCGUUAGUACUGUCUACUACAUCCUCGUCGGGCGCCAUGUCUACAAGGGUCCGGUCGUGCUUGUAGAGGGCUGGAAGGGCGAUUAA